UGCACGUGUUGUAAGCAAUAUUCGGGCAACCGAGCACGAUGCUUUUGCGCUCGCUCGAUUCGCUCUCGCAGUAGCAAAGCUGUCGUUUCAAGCGUAGGGGUGAAGUCCGCGAUCUCCCGAUCUUGCCAAGCUGACACUGCUGACACUCUAAAGCGGCCGUGGAUGUUCGAAGAUGCGACGAGCACAGCCUUACGCAAAUGGAUCCAGCUAUAAGGACGUCGUCGAGGAGGAAAACACGCAGUUAAUAGAUGGCCUCAAAUCUAAGAUCUCGUCUUUAAAGACGAUUUCCAUAGACAUUGGGCACGAAGUCAAGUACCAGAACAAGAUGCUCAACGAGAUGAACACAGACUUCGACUCUGGCGAAGGCAUCCUCAAGUCCACGAUGGGAAGGCUCGUCCGAAUGUCCCGGGCGGGUCACAACCGCUACAUCUUUUAUCUCAUUCUCUUUUCUUUCUUUGUUUUCUUUGUCAUCUACAUUCUCAUGAAGAUCAGAUAGUCAGCAUGAUUGCAUAAUUGUAUGUAUAACCUGUAAAUACAUUCUUACCUUUUCCUAAAUCCACAAUCCGAGUGAACUCGGAACGGUCAAUCCGAAAGUUGCACGCUUAUCAGAAUUGUGGUCUUCUGUUCCCGGAAGAAAAACAUACGUGUGCGACUGAAGGCCUGCUCAGUGCUCUGCUGCGUGCGACCCUGCCCUUUCCUGCACGCACAAUGCGGCGCUAGCUGAGCAAUGAAUCGGCACUGAGAGUAGUGCUGAUGCAGCGCCGACUUUCCGUCAUCUCAGCACCACGAAUAAUGUGCAAACCGGCCUUUGUCGUACCACGCAAUACCGGGUAGUAGGUAGAGGCUCACCAAUGUCUUGGUUGAUCGCGCCCACGUCGCAGGUGUGCUAAAAUGCAAUUUAGCUAGCGAGAAUCGGCAAGGCAGGUCUUGGCAUGAGCUCUUAAAGGGUAUUGAUGCGUAAUCUGAUUCUGUGGUCCAUUAGAGUAUUGAAGUUUCCCGCGUUAGGCAGGCACUGUGGUGGUGUGUCGUGACCACUUAAUUGAAGGGGUCGCAUUUUACACAUUCAGUUCCACAAAUGCAUACACUGAAUGUUUUCACUGGGUUAUAAGUAACGGACAUUGUACACGGAAGAAAACAAGUUUUAAUGUUGUAUAAAUAAACAGCACGCCUGUAUAAUGGCCAACAAAAAUUGGUCAGCGCAAACGUUUUGGAACCGAGAGCGAGAUAUCGGUCGAUGCCUCGGCUACAUGUUUUGUUCCUUGUAAAUAAAACAAUGAAUGACGAAGGA